AUCAUAUGCAAAUCCAACAAGAAAUCAAUCAAAAACAAGCAGCCAAGUGAUCAAUCGGGACGUGGUCAAAUAGGUGUUACCCGUGUGUCGCCGGCUAACCUUGAUCUGGAUUGCGUUCCAAUAUUCACUAUCAGUACUGAAAAUAUGUAGUUCAGAUAACGUAUAUUAUAGAUUUUCAAUACUGGUGAAUAUCGGAACUCAGUUCCUAGAAAAAAUGGCUGCAUUAUAUGUUGGUUUCCAUGACAACUGUCAAACAAUAUACAUUAAGAGAAUAGAUUGCGUUUUAUCAAUAAAAGAGAAUUUAUUAUCACAUCAACUACUUCGAUUUAUUAAUGUGAAGUAUAUUUCAGAAAUGUGCUCUAUAUAUAGAUAUCUCGAUACUUAUAUGGUGAUGUUAAACUAUAAUUAAAUUGGUUAUAUGUAAGAUAACAAUGACUUUAUAUUUUGACAUACGAGUGCAAAAUCCUGAAAGUGCUUCAAUAAGCACCCUUGCAACUUGGCAUAAUAAUUAUCCCUUGCUAGCUGUUGCCGCAUAUUCUCAAGACAAAGGUGGCUUUGUAACCAUCUAUGAUGAUCAAGGUGAGCCUGUGCAAGAUGUUGAAUCACCAGGACAUGCAGUGGCACAAGUCACUGCCCUCGGAUGGCAUCCUGAGAAGACAUGGCUAGCAGCAGGAUGGGAGACUGGAGAAUUACGAAUAUGGCCAGGAGACACUGGAGCUCAGGAGUUUAAUGUGGUAGUAACUCCUCAUCGAGAUUCUAUUACGAUUCUACAGUGGAGUCAAUAUGGUGGCAGAUUAGUAUCGGCAGAUACUGGAGGAUCUAUAGUUGGUUGGAAGAUAGAUUUAAGAGGACAGCUCUUCAUGAUAUUUCAUCAUGAAUUAAAAGAAUCCUUUUCACAAAUUGCAUUUAGGACAGUUCCACUGAAGCCAGCUGUUGACAUUAGUGGUUUGGCAAAAGCGGCAGUGGCUGGUGAUGAAAGAGCUUUAGAUCUAUUCAGUUCUUGGCGUCCAAGAACUGCUGCACCGACAUCAGUUCUGGCACAGCGAGACAAUCAUGCAUUUUACAUCGGUACUAUUAAUGGCAUUAUAUACUUUAUUGAUGCUCAAGGACAAUGUAAGGAAGUUCUUAGUACUGAUGGUGCAGCAUUGCACUGUCUACUAUAUCAUCAAACCAGAGAUUCUAUCAUUAUUAUGACAGAGGGAUUGAAUAUCGGUCAUUUUCAAGUAGAUCCGAUCAGUGGAGAGCUUACUGAGUUGACAAAGGUAAAAUUAAGUAGCAGAAGUGACACGUCACGUAUCACUGGUAUCACUUUGUGCUGGAUUAGUGGAAAUACAUUGGCUGUACUUAUGGGAGAGCUCGCUGUACGAUGUUGGGAUCUUCAUACUGGUGAUACAUAUGUCCUGUCGCCUCCAGAUUCAUCCAAUGGAAAUGUUGCUACUCCUCAGGAAAUAUGUACUAGUUUGGCGUUCUGCAAAGGCAAUGAUACUUUGGCUGCUGGUACCAAUUUAGGUACAAUCUAUCUAUGGAAAAGAAAAUGUGUGUCUGAUUGUGAUGAAAAUGCCUGGCCGACUGUCCCAGAAUCCUGUGCAAUUCAUGGUACUGUGAAACAGUUGACAUGGGGCGUCAGUUUAUCUCGGAAUUCCCUUCUGGCUGUUAAUUGUAUUACCAAUGUAUUCAUCUUACAUCAGCAACCAAUAUGCGCAGUUUACAAUGAUGGUAUUUGUGCAAGUCAACUCAGUCCGACACAGAUUCUGCUUGAGAUGGAUAAACAAACAUAUACACUGAAGACAGAAAUUCAGGUGCAAGUUCUCGCUGUAACAAAGGAAUACAUUGCCGUUUCUUCUGGUAGACAAAUUGUCGUUAAUAGUAUUAAUAAAGGAGCCAAUUUCAACACAAAUGUGGUUGCGACUUUCAGUUGCGACACAGAAAAAAUGCUAAUUUAUGAACACACAUUGAUUGUGUUGACUCCAACAAUUAUUCAGCUACGAUCUAUAGAAGGCUCUGUCAUUCAGACGCUUCCCACUUUACCCGAAGAAGGCGAACCAAUCACGAUGGAAUUGACAGGACAUUAUUUAACUGUAGCAUCAUUGAAUGGCAUUUUGAAGAUUUGGGACUUGAGCAAACAUGAAGCUAAAUUACAUACUCGUGCUAUGGCAACAUACGAGGCAAUUAGCGAUUUUGCCGAGAUUAUCGAAGCUAGGUGUAAUUUUGAUUGCCGUUGUGUUUCGAUUACUGUCGCCAUGGCAAAUCUUAUGCCUAGUUCAGUUUUAUAUAUCUGGGAUAUUGAAAGCGAUCAGAUCCACGAAUUUGAUUUUGGAGAGUCAGACGAUAUUGUUGAUGAGGAUUCCAUGUUAACUAGUCAGUGUAAAGGAAGAUUGGUCACAGCCCAUUACUGGGAUGUAGAAGAUUCCAGGCUACUAGUAUGUCGAGCUCAAAAAUUAGAAAACUGUGAUUCUAAGAGCUUUAAUAAGGGCAAUGACCAGACUGUACAAGCCUCUGUAGUGUUAGUAUCGUUAUUUGCAACAUCAGAUCAUGGUAUUAUUGUACAAGAUGUGAAGCCAAUUGCUGACGAGAGUUGUCGGCUAUUAGGUGUACAUUCGCCUCAUAUCAUUAUCCUAAACUCUGAAAAAAGUUUAGAUAGAAGUAGCAAGAUUAUGCAGUUAUUAAUGAGAGAUUUUGAAGAACUGGGAGAGUGUAAUUCGGUCACUAGGAAAGCAGUGAUGGAUUUUAGUUAUCAUAUUAGUGUGGCAAAUAUGGAAGAAGCCUUUAAAGCUAUUAAAUCUAUAAAAAAUGAAGCUGUUUGGAAGAGCUUGGCUAAAAUGUGUGUGAAAACAAAACAAUUGAACAUGGCUCUUCUUUGCCUGGGCCAUAUGAAACAAGCUAAUGCUGCACGGGCUUUACGCGAAGCAAUGCAAGAUGAUACUUUGAGUUUAGAAGCACAAGUAGGAAUUUUAGCUAUCGAACUUGGUCUUUAUAUGGAUGCAGAACGUCUUUUCCGAGAAGCAAAACGUUUGGAUUUGCUGGGACGGUUGUACGAGGCACGAAAUAAAUUCAAAGAGGCAAUCGAAUUAGCCACUAAUGAGAAUAAAAUUCGUGAAAAAACGAGCUAUUACAAUUAUGCUCGUGCAUUGGAGCAACAAGGUAAAAUAGCAGAAGCUAUCGAUAUGUAUACAAAAGCAGAUUGUCAUCGAUUUGAAGUUCCCAGAAUGCUCUUGAUGAGACCUCGGGAAUUACUUGCAUAUCUAAAUAAUUCUGAAGAACCAGAAAUUAAAAACUGGCAUGCUCAGUAUACAGAAUCGACUGGUGAUAUGGAGACCGCUUUGCAUCUUUACGAGCAAGCAAAAGAUACUCUGUCAAUGACAAGACUGCUUUGUUAUUUCGGUAGAGAAGAUGAAGUAUGUGAGUUAGUAACUAAAACAAAUCAUGCAGCAGCGGCAUAUCAUCUUGCUGCGCACUAUGAGUCAAAGAAUAACAUGAUACAAGCGAUUCAUUUUUACACAAUCGCUAAAGCUUACACUAAUGCGAUACGACUGUGUAAGGAACACGAUAUGCUAGAAGAAUUGUGGCCACUAGCUAUAUUAGCACCACGACAUUCGCAGAUAGACGUCGCCAAAUUUUACGAAGAUAAUGAUCAAUCAGAUCGUGCAAUAUUGCUGUACCAUAAAGCUGGUCUUUUGCAUAAAGCUUUAGAUGUUGCGUUCAAAACGCGACAGUAUAGCGCGUUGCAGCUAAUUAUCAUGGAUGUCAACGCGGAUUCUGACCCAUCGUUAAUUCGCAAAUGUGCCGAUUACUUUAUGCAGAACGACCAAAUUGACAAAGCAGUAGAUUUGCUUGCAACCGGCAAAGAUUACAUGGCAGCUUUGGAUUUGAUACAGCAACAUAACAUUGUAUUAAGUGAAGAGCUGGCGGAGAAACUGACUGUUGAGAAAGGGAAUGACAGUGACUCAGAACGCGAACGUUUGAGAAUUUCCAUACUCGAAAAAAUCGCGGAAAUUGCCUUCGAUCAAGGAAAUUAUCAUCUUGCGACCAAGAAAUUCACACAAGCUGGCAACAAAUUGCGCGCUAUGAAGGCAUUACUUAAGUCUGGAGACACCGAAAAGAUUUGCUUUUUCGCACAGGUUUCGAGAAACCGCGAAAUUUACAUUAUGGCGGGCAAUUAUUUACAGUCUCUGGAUUGGCAAAAUCAACCAGAGGUUCUGAAGAACAUAAUAAAUUUCUAUUCCAAGGGUAAAGCCAUGGAUUUGUUGGCUAAUUUUUAUGUGGCGUGUGCACAAGUAGAAAUCGACGAGUUUCAGAAUUAUGAGAAAGCAUUAGAUGCACUGAAUCAAGCAAGCAGAUGUUUAUCUAAAGUAGUAACCCCGCGAGAUCCAGAUGUUCACAAACGAGCGGUAGAGCUGGUGAACAAUAGAAUGUCAGCAAUUAAACGCUAUCUGGAUAUUAAAAGAUUGUUUGAUAGAGGUGAGACUGAGACGGCAAUGCAACAAGUUCGUCAUCUCUUGGAUUCUCAAGGACCUAAUCUAGAACGAUCGGUUCGUCUCGGCGAUUUGUUCGCAACAAUCACACAACAUUAUGCUAAUAUAGGAGAUACUGAGAAAGCUUGGGCGACCAUCGAAGAACUGAAACGCCUAGUGCCAGGAAUAAAUUUAAGUUAUUAUUUUAACGUAAAUCUUUUGGAAGCAUUGGGCUAUAAAAUGAAAGUGCAACGACAAGAUAGUUCUGAUAAAGAUGAUGGCAUCGAAGAGCUUUUGGGAGAAUAAAACUUUGUUAAAACAAAUUUUUAUUACACGAUAAAAAAUGCCUUGCUUAGAGUAUUACAUAUAUUUAUUAAUAGAAAAGAUACUAUUGAGAUGAUAUUGAUUCAUGGAUUUAAGCACACAUUAAUAAGACAUAAUCUAUAUAAUAGUGUACAUAGUUAGAUUUAAUCUUACACAUAUAAUUUUGAAUUAAAUUUUUAUUAUAUUAUUUUUUACAAAAUAAAUGUUUGUCUUUUAAUAAGCAAUAAUAAUAUAACUUAGGAGAUGAUCCUAUAUUAAAGAUUUGCCAUCGACA